AUGAGCAAAAUUAAGGAAAAAGAAUCAGAAAAUGAUGAUGCUUUUGGACUCUAUUUAAAAAGCUAAGUAAAAUAAAUAAACAAUAAUUUUAGGAGUUAAAAAAUACUUAUAGAAUUGAAGAAUCAAUAAUAGAAAUUAAUAAAGCUUUGAACAUUGAUCCAUAAUUUUCAGAAGCAUACACUUUAAGAAGUAUAAUUUCGAAAAUACUAAUUUAGGUGAAUUAUAUGAAAAUUUGAAUUAAUAUUAUUGGGCAUUGAUUGAUGUAAAUUAUAGCAUAUCUAUUAAUGAUAAAAAUGCAGAAAGUUUUUAUUAGAGAGGUAUAGUUUGAAUUUUAAAAUCAAAGCAACCAUUUAUUGGAGAAAAUAGUAAUUUGACCAAGCUUUAUAGGAUUGUAUGAGAUGCAUUGAGAUAAAUACAAAUCAUGCUAUGGCAUAUUGUAGAAUGGGUAAUAAUAAGAAUAAACUUGUAGGUACCAUCAUGAGUGAUUUGAAAUAAAAAGAUAAAGAACUUUAUUAUUAUAAUUAUGCUUUGGAAAAAGAUUGUUAUUGUUUUUAUGCAUUUAUGUGUAGAGGUAAAAUAAUGUGAAAAAAAGGCUUGUAUUAUGAGGACGAAAGCCUAAUCGAUCAAGCUUUUAAAGAUUACAAUGAAGCUAUUAAAAUUAAUCCAAAAUAUAGUUAAAGCUACUAUAAUAGAGGUGAAUAUACUACACAUAAUAUAAAAGGCAAUUUAUAUAAAAAGAUUGAUGAGAAUGAUAAUGCAUUAAUUGAUUACAAUCAAGCAAUUUAACUUAAUCCAAAAUUUAUUAAUGCCUACUACAAAAGAGGUAAAUACUAUUACGCUUAAUAUAUAGGCGCCUUAUUUUAUGAUAUUGGCUAGAAUGAAAAUGCGUUAAUGGAUUAUAAUCAAGUAAUUGAAUUAGAUCCAUAAUAUACUGAUGCCUACAUUAAUAGAGGUGAAUACUAUUAAGCUUAAUAUAUUAGGCGUUUUAUAUUAUCAAAUAGGAGAGAAAGACAAAGCAUUAAAUGAUUAUAAACAAGCAAUCCAAAUCGAUCCAUAAAAUACAGAUGCUUAUUUAAGUUUAGGUAAAUACUAUUACACUAAAUAAAUUAGGUGUGCUUUAUUAUAACAUUGGUGAGAAAUAGAACGCAUUAUUUUAUUAUAAUCAAACAAUCUAAAUUGAUCCAAAAUACAAUAAAGCCUACUAUCAAAGAGGUGAAUACCAUUAAACUAAAUAUUUUAGGGCGUGUAUUUUAUGAUAUUGGUGAGAAAGACAAUGCAUUAUUUGAUUAUAAUUAGGCAAUCCAACUUGAUCCAAAAUACACAGAAGCCUACUAUCAAAGAGGUGAAUACUAUUAAGCUUAAUAUAUUAGGCGUUUUAUAUUUUGAUUCUGGUUUGAAAGACAAUGCCUUAAUGGAUUAUAAUAAAGCAAUCCGACUUGAUCCAAAAUAUACUAAAGCCUUACUUAAAAGAGGUGAGUACUAUUACACUUUAUUGAUUAGGCACUUUAUAUUAUGAAACUGGCGAGAAAGAAAAAGCAUUCUGUGAUUAUAAUCAAACAAUUCAACUUGAUCCAAAAUACGCUAAAGCCUACCAUAAAAGAGGUGAAAUUACUUUACUGAAUAUAUUAGGAGUUUUAUAUUAUGAUAUUGGAGAGAAAGAGAAAGCAUUAUAUGAUUAUAAUUAAGCCAUCCAACUUGAUCCAAAAUAUUCUGAAGCCUACUAUAAAAGAGGUAAAUACUAUUGCACUUAAUUUAUUAGGUGUUUUAUAUUAUAAAAUUGGUGAGAAAGACAAAGCAUUAUAUGAUUAUAAUUAAACAAUUCAACUUGAUCCACAAUAUGCUAAAGCCUACUAUAAGAGAGGUGAAAUUAUUUUACUGAAUAUAUAUUAGGUGAUUUAUAUUAUGAUAUUCGAGAGAAAGAGAAAGCAUUAGAUGAUUAUUAUCAAGCCAUCCAACUUGAUCCUGAAUAUUCUAAAGCUUACUAUAAAAGAGGUAAAUACUAUUGCACCUAAUAAAAUAGGCAAUUUAAAAAAAGAAACUUCUCAAAACGAGUCUGCACUUUAUGAUUACGAUCGAGCAAUCCGAUAUAAUCCAUAAUUUAGUAAUGCUUACAUGAAUAGAGGUUAAGACUAUCACACUUAAAUAAUUAGGCGAUAUAUAUAACAAAAUUAAUUAGAAAAACAAAGCAAUACUGGAUUAUAAUCAAGUAAUCCAACUUGAUCCAAAAUCAACUUAAGCCUACUAUAAAAGAGGUAAAUACUAUUGCACUUAAUAUAUUAGGUGCUUUAUAUUAUAAAAUUGGAGUGAAAGACAAUGCAUUAAUUGAUUAUAAUCAAGCAAUCAAACUAAAUCCAAGAUUUAUUAGUGCAUACUAUAAACGAGGUGUGUACUAUUAUAUUAGUAUAUUAGGAGUUUUAUAUUAUGAUAUUGGUUAGAAAGAUUAUGCACUACUUGAUUACAAUUAAGCAAUCCAACUUGAUCCAAAUUUUGCUAGCGCUUACUAUAAAAGAGGUGAACACUAUUAAGCUUGAUAUAUUAGGCGUUUUAUAUUGUCAUAUUGGCGAAAAAGCUAAUGCGUUAUUUGAUUUUGCUCAAGCAAUAAGAAUCGAUCCAAAAUUUGCUAACACUUACAUGAAUAGAGGUAAAUACUAUUAUACUUUAUCUUAGGUGUUUUAUAUUAUAAAUUUGGUGAGAAAGACAAAGCAUUAAUUGACUAUAAUCAAGCAAUCCAACUAAAUUAAAAAUAUACUAAAGCAUACUAUAAUCGAGGUGAACACCAUUAUACUUAAUAUAUUAGGAGUUUUAUAUUAUGAUAUUGGUGAGAAAGACAAAGCAUUAAUUGAUUAUAAUUAAGCAAUCAAAUAAGAUUACAAAUUUUCAAAUGCCUACAUUAAUAGAGGUAAAUGCUAUUACACAAAACAUUUUAGGCAACGUAUAUAAAAAAAAUGGCUAGAAUGACAAAGCAUUAAUUGAUUAUAAUUAUGUGAUCCAAUUUGAUGAAAAAAAUGUUUAAGCCUAUGUCAAUAGAGGUGAUACUGUUAAUAUUAACUUACUAGGCAAUUUAUAUAAAAAUGUUGGCUAGAAAGACAAAGCAUUAAUGGAUUAUAAUCAAGCGAUAUAGUAUGAUCCAAAAUUUACUAUUGCAUAUUAUAAUAGAGGUGAAUACUUUUGCAGUUAGUAUCUUAGGUGUUUUAUAUUAUGAAAUGGGAAAGAAGGACAAAGCAUUAAUUGAUUAUAAUCAAGUAAUUUAACUCGAUCCACAAUUCACUAAAGCGUUAUAUAAUAGAAGUGAAUACAAUAAAUUAAAUAUAUUAGGCAUUUUAUAUUAUGAUAUAGGUGAGAAAGAGAAAUCAUUAAUUGAUUACAAUUAAGCAAUCUAAAUUGAUGUAAAAUAGUCAUAUAUUUAAUGA